AUGAUUUCAAGGGUAAGUUCUACCUUCCAAAGUCAUCAUCAAGGGCUUCAGAUGUUCCCUGACCCAGAAGAUUUUGCGUCACCCUCUGUGGAAUCUGGCUCAUCUUCACACUCCAGUUCCCUCCUCUUCAAUCUCUCUAUUCUGAAGGACAAGGUCGGUGAGGUGCAGACCCUGGUAGGGGUUAUUCUCUCCCCAAAUCAAAGCCUACCCGAGUCAACUUCCAUGGCUAUAUCCAGCAUGAACUCUACAAUCCAAGAAGUCAUAGUCACUGCCACAUCAAUGAUGUUCACCUGCCAACAGAUGGCUCUCACUACCCCUCCAGGUACUAAUAAUAUUACUACAUGCACCAACAAAUUGCACCAGCUGAACAAGUUGCCUCACUCAAAUUUUGGCACAAAUAGAAGUGUGCUUGGUAACAUAGGCAUAGAUAUUAGUGACCCUCAUCAGGGUUUAUUUUCUAGCACUGAGUCAGAGGCACUGGACUGGUUUACUGACAGCUAUAACAAUAACGACGAGAAUAGCAAUAUUAGUAAGACUAAGGAAGAUGAUCCAAGCGUUGCGAUUAGUGAAAACAAUAUGAUUAUUGGUAGAGGUGGACUACUGUCUCCAAGGGAUGAACAUGAACCUAAUGAAGAAGGGUAUAGUCAUAGAGGGCUUUCACCAAAUACUAGUGACAUAAUUGAAUUGGAUGCUGGGGAUUUGUUGGCUAAGUACACGCACUAUUGCCAAGUUUGUGGCAAAGGCUUCAAGCGUGAUGCGAAUUUGAGGAUGCACAUGAGGGCUCAUGGGGAUGAGUACAAGACCAAUGCUGCCUUGAGCAACCCAAUUAAGAAUAAGAAUAAAGGGAUUUUAGAAGGGGAAAGAGAGUGUUUGAUGAGUGUGAAGCCAAAGAGAUAUUCGUGUCCUCAAGAAGGGUGUAGGUGGAACCAAAAGCACGCCAAGUUCCAACCAUUGAAGUCUAUGAUUUGUGCUAAGAAUCAUUACAAGAGAAGCCAUUGCCCCAAAAUGUACGUUUGCAAGAGGUGCAACCAGAAGCAGUUCUCUGUGCUCUCUGAUCUGAGGACACAUGAGAAACACUGUGGGGAUCUCAAGUGGCAGUGCUCUUGUGGCACUUCGUUUUCUCGGAAAGACAAACUCAUGGGCCAUGUUACUUUGUUCGUGGGGCACCAACCAGCUAUCAACAAUAUUGGUCUGUCAUCAUACUCAGGAAAAUUGGAGCAGCACACAUUGCAAAUGCAGAUUGACGCUGGCUCAAGAUGA